GGCGAGGGGAGGAGGUACCCUUGCCAGCAAAACCAGAAACAAAUGUAACUGCGUAAAAGAACUCCUAUCUAGUGACGGAUGCUCAAAGUUCAGAAGUUUUCAAUGUACGAUUAAGCAAGCAGAAGCGGCAAGUACCGAAAUCAGACUUAGAUCAAAAAAUACGCUGACAAAACCGGAGUCUGAUUUACAUACAACCCAAAACACUGGAGGUGAAAUAGUGCUACGAACUUUGGGAAGUUUGUUGAUCGGGAGCAGUGUGGAACAGAAGAAAUGCAGGCGCGCUAUUCUGUAUCGAGUCCUAACUCUUUGGGCGUAGUGCCCUACAUUAGCAGCGAUCAGAGCUAUUACAGGGCCACGAGUGGUGGAUACACUGGGAUGCCGGCCCCAAUGAGCAUGUACUCCCAUCCGGCCCACGACCAGUAUCCAGCUAACAUGGCCCGAGCCUAUGGACCUUACACCCCGCAACCUCAGCCCAAGGACUUGGUUAAGCCUCCUUACAGCUACAUCGCUCUCAUCACCAUGGCAAUCCAGAACUCUCCAGACAAGAAGAUCACCCUGAAUGGGAUCUAUCAGUUCAUUAUGGAGAGAUUUCCUUUCUACAGAGAUAAUAAGCAGGGUUGGCAGAAUAGUAUUAGGCAUAACUUGUCUCUUAAUGAGUGUUUUGUCAAAGUGCCCCGCGACGACAAGAAGCCUGGCAAGGGCAGCUACUGGACCCUGGACCCAGACUCUUACAACAUGUUUGAAAACGGCAGCUUCUUAAGACGAAGGAGGCGGUUCAAGAGAAAGGACGCGUUAAAGGACAAGGAGGACAGGCAGAUGAAGGACCCACUAUCCCGACAGGCUCGCGAUCAAGAGCAGUCCGCGCAGGGCUCCCAGCCGGUGAGGAUUCAGGACAUUAAGACUGAGAAUGGGACUUCAACACCUCCACAGGCUGCCUCCCCUACCCUCAGCACAGUGCCAAAGACGGAGAGUCCCGACAGUAGCAGCAGCAUGUCCACCGGGAGCCCCCGUAGCAUCCCAUCCAACAGAUCAAUUAACCUGGAUACCUCUGAUCAUCACCAUAGCCAGGCCCCUGUCCAGGGAUUCAGCGUGGACAACAUCAUAACCCUCAGAGGGUCCCCCCAGGGCGCUACAGAACUCAAUCCUACCCUGAUCGCCUCCAGGACAGGUAUUACACCUUGUUUAUCGCUAAGCUACUCUCCUAGCCAAAGUUCUAUCUACAGUUCGCCCUGCAGCCAAAAUGCCAACUCCACUAAUGCUAAUACCAGUGGAACGACCUACCAUUGCAACAUGCAAGCGAUGAGUUUAUAUGCUGGAGACCGGUCGGGCCACCUUGCCCCCACCACCACUAUGGACGAAACACUGUCAGAUUAUUCUGUUACCACCACCACUUCAUCAUUGAACCAGGGCAGUCUAAGCUCAGGACAAGAUGGGCACCACCCUCACCAAGGGCGCCUGGCUUCAUGGUACCUUAACCAGGCAGGAGAUCUGAGCCACUUGGCUAGCGCCACAUACCCCGGACAACAACAGAACUUCCAUUCAGUGCGAGAGAUUUUUGAAUCUCAAAGAAUUGGCUUAAAUAACUCGCCAGUGAAUGGAAAUAGUAGUUGUCAGAUGUCCUUUCCUUCCAGUCAGUCACUCUACCGCACUUCAGGCGCUUUUGUGUAUGACUGCAGCAAAUUCUGACCAAAACACUUGCUUAUUUCUUUGUUUCCUAAAGAUUUUUACAUACCGACGUAAAAAAAGACACCAAAUAUAUUCAGACAGAAAAACAUUUCUUGGUUUGUAAAGGACAGUGUUACUCCAAAUAACACGUAAGUUUCUUCUUGUUUUUGAGAACUGUGUUUAUAAGGUGUGUUUAAAAAAAAAAAAAAGUCAAUCUUUCACGUACUUUUUUUUAAAUGUAAGUAGCAUAUAGUAAUUUAUUUUUUAAUUUUGUAAUCGGGUGUUGUGGACCAAAAACCAAAAGCGUUCUAAAUUGAACUGCCUGAACUAUUAAAAAACAAAACAAAAAAAAAUCUGUUCCAUUAUAAAAGACGGAACCUGUAUAACGCCUUAUCUUUUCGAUUUUCUUUAUAUUUUGCUGAGAGUACUCUGAAGACAUUGCAUUGUUUGUUGAUUAAUAAAUUGCCAUUUUAUUUGAAA